ACGAAUGCAAGACAGGACAACAUUCAUGCAUAAGUCCUAAGAAAUGUCGAAACACCAUUGGAAAUUACACAUGUUUCUGUCAUAAGUGGCAAUCCGGAAACGGAAGAAAGGAAGGAGGCUGCAACAUACAUACCAUGGUUAUCGUUGGUAAAAAAACUAAACGGCUCCAAUUUACUUUACUUUAGUUCUUGCAGUUGAACUCUUUUCCUGCACGUAUCUCUGCUCGAAAAACAAUUAAAAAAUUGCAUUCAACAUAUUUUGAAUACAGGAGCCGCAGCUGGAUUUGUUAUUCUAUUCGUGGGGACUGCUAUGCCGUACUUAAUAUACCAAAAAAGGAAGCUCGUCAAACUAAAAGAGAAAUUCUUUCAGCAAAAUGGUGGUUUGAUUUUGUUACAGAAACUCUCUACAUCGGAAAAGUCCUCCCGUUUUAUGCAAAUUUUCACAGAAGAAGAACUAAAGAAGGCCACCCGCGAUUUUGAUGAGAGUUCAAUCGUUGGCAAAGGAGGUUUUGGUACAGUUUUCAAAGGAUUUCUAGAAGAUAACAGAACUGUAGCUAUCAAGAAAUCCAAAAUAGUUGAUGACAACCAAAAGGAACAAUUCAUUAAUGAGGUGAUUGUUCUAUCCCAAAUCAACCAUAGGAAUGUGGUCAGACUCUUGGGAUGUUGUUUAGAGACAAAAGUUCCUUUAUUGGUAUAUGAAUUUGUUAACAAUGGCACCCUUUUUGAUUUGAUACACACUGAAAGAACCGUGAAUGGUGCAACUUGGAAAACACGUGUAAGGAUAGCAGCAGAGGCCGCUGGAGCUCUAUCAUAUCUGCACUCAGAAGCCUCAAUUCCCAUUAUCCACAGAGAUGUGAAGACUGCUAACAUCCUCUUGGAUAACACUUACACUGCCAAAGUGUCGGAUUUUGGAGCUUCAAUAUUGAUUCCACUUGAUCAAACUGCAUUAUCCACAUUUGUGCAAGGAACUUUUGGCUAUUUAGACCCAGAGUACGUGCAAACAGGCCAACUAACGGAGAAAAGUGAUGUGUACAGCUUUGGGGCAGUGCUUAUAGAGCUGUUAACAGGGGAGAAACCUUAUUCCUUUGGCAAGCCUGGAGAGAAAAAAAAUCUAGCCAACCACUUUCUAUCUAGCUUGAAAGAGGAUCGCCUAGUUGAUGUUCUACAAGUUGGAAUUUUGAAUGAAGAAAAUGAAAAGGAGAUUAAGAAGGUAGCUUUUCUUGCUGCAAAGUGCUUGAGACUUAAAGGGGAAGAAAGGCCUAGCAUGAAGGAAGUUGCAAUAGAGUUGCAGAAGCAUCACUUGAUUAAUACAGACCCAAAUCAAAAGGAGAAUGAAUACCAGCUGGUUCAUGAGGCACCAUCUAACAUUUAUGAGUCCGGUGAUAGCAACAGCCAUCAAGGGCUUGGCAGCAUUGGGGAUCAAGUACUAGCUGCUAUGAAUGAUGGAAGAUGAUUAUGGCUUGGCGGCAUACACUCCAUUUUUUAUCAAAGUUAUUUUACAACCUUUUUGUAAUCUUUAUGAAAAAUCCACUUAGUUGUUUUCAUGAGUGUGUAUUUGUGUGUAUUUAUAAAAAUAAGCACAUAUUUUCAUUAAAAAAUUGUAUGUUU